AUGUACUCUUGGAAUCUGAUGCGGAGAUAUUCAAUUGUAAAUCAUUUCCGGAGCUUGUCCUCAAUAACCAAGUUCGAUACACGGAAAUUCGUACAAACGUUGCAGGAGAAAGGUGGAUUUGACGCGAAACAAGCAGAAGCUGCAGUGAUAGUAGUCAACGGAGCGAUCAACGAUGGUAUUUACUCGAUAACAAACAAUCUUGUGAAAAAGGAGACCUUGUCGUCCAUUGCGUACCAGCAAAAAGUUGAUUUUGCCAAAUUAAAAGGGGAGCUACAAACCUUGGACAAGUCGGAGUUUACCAGUUUGAAAAAAGACCAGGAAAAACUAAGAACGGAUUUAACAAAUUUGAAAAAUAGAUUAAAAGAAGAGAUUACCAAGAACCAGGCAAGUGUUAGGCUAGACUUGAACUUGGAAAAGGGAAGAAUUCGUGAAGAAAGCUCCCAAAAUGAAUUAAAGAUUGAAGAUACAUUCAGCAGAAUCGACGAGGAGAUUGCAAACAUGCAAAUGCAGAUCAAAUCCGUCAAGACACAAGUUUUGCAAUGGUUGAUGGGUGUAAGUACUGGUACUUUGGCAGUGUUAUUGGCCUUUGGCAGGUUCAUGACAUAG